AUUGCCAUCUGCUGGUUGCACGUGCUGUCGAUGAGGAAAUGGUCAACAUGGUAUGAAUGGAUCAAUAGCCUGCGUUUCACCUUCUCAUUGCUGGGCAUGUGAUUUCUGUUAUUCAAACAUCUUUGGUAUUGCUAGCUUGGGUUCCAUUGCUUGCAUAGUGACGUUGAUAUACUUAUAUGAGAAGGAGAUGUACCAAUAGUGGUUACAGUAUCUAGCUAGAGCGAUAGCUAUAGCAGGUUGCAGACAGUCGUGUAGGUCGCGCCCGGCUUCAGAGCUCCUUCCCCGGUGACUGCAAGCUGGAAAGGACGUGGAUGCGGUGAGGCCCAUUGGUACAACCAGGUGACAGUAUGGCUGAGGACCCUCAGAGGAACUUCCGUUCUGCCUAUUAUGAGAAGGUGGGCUUCAGAGGGGUGGAGGAGAAGAAAUCACUGGAGAUAUUACUGAAGGACAACCCACUGGACGUGGAGAAGCUGAGCAUUUUCAGUCAGAGAUUCCCUCUGCCCUCAAUGUACAGGAUCCAUGUAUGGAAAGUGCUGUUGGGUAUCCUUCCUCCCCACAGUGACUCCCACUCCCUGGUGGGAGGGUACAGGCGGGAACAGUACCAGGAUGUGUUGGAGGCCCUGAAGGUGAUGAGGUUUGUCCACAUGGCCACUCCCCAGACGCAGGUGUACCUACGCAUGUUCCAGCUGGAGAGCCAAGUACUGCCCAGACGCUCGGAUACCUCAGCCCCGGACGAGGAGGAUGAGGACUUCCUGUCCAUAGCUCGAGCCAUGGAGGAGAUCGUAGAAGACCCUAUGGAUUGUUAUUGGCUGAUCAAGAGCUUUGUCAACCAGUUCAACAAUAAGUGUGGAGACUCCAUUCCCCACCUGCCCAAGAGUCUGGAGCACUACCUGAGUGUGGAGGAGCCCCGGCUACUGAACCAUCUGAAGAAUACUGGGGCCCUCGCCAUGCUGCCAUACAGCCUGUGGUUCAGACGAUGUUUUGCUGGCUGCCUGCCUGAGUCCAGCCUGCAGAGGGUGUGGGACAAGGUGAUCAGCGGGUCCUGUAAGAUCCUGGUCUUCGUUGCCAUGGAGAUCCUUCUCAGCUACAAGAUCGUGGUGAUGGGGACCAGCAGACCGGAGGGAGUGGUCAACAUCCUGUGCAACAUGCCCCAGGAGAACACUGACGCAAUAGUGACUAAGGCCAUCGACCUGUGGCACAAGUACUGUGGCACCCCCAUGCACUCUGUAUAGGAUCACAGGUCUCCUGCCGGACCCUCUGGAUGGGGUCAUUGACAUUGGGAUACGCUUGGACUCAAAUCAAUCACAUUUAUUCGUCACAUACUUCGUAAAACAACAGAUGUGGACUAGCAGUGCAACGGCUUCUUUACGGGCCCUUCCAAACAAUGCAGAGAGAAAUAAUAUAAAAGUAAUAAUAACAUGUCUAUAUACACACACGGUGCCAGUUCCAAGUAGAUCUGCAGGGGUACAAGGUCAUUGAGGUAGAUAUGUUCAUAUAACUAGGAAUAAAGUGACGAGACAACAGUAUAGAUAAGCAGUGUAUGUGAUGAGUGCCUGGUACAGAGGUCCUGGAUGGCAGUGAGCUCAGCCCCAGUGAUGUACUGAGCUGUACGCACUACCCUCUGCAGAGCCUUGCGCUUCAAUGCCAAGAAAUGGUCAUACCAGGCGGUGAUGCAGCCAGUCAAGAUGCUCUCAGUGGUGUCGCUGUAGAACUUUUUUGAGGACCUGAGGGUCUUUUCAACCUCUGACUGGAUGUGCCCCUGAGGAACCACCGUGUUGAGGGUAAGUGUGGCGAACGUGUUGAUGCCUACCAUCAGCACCUGGGAGCAGCCUGUCAGGAAGUCCAGGAUCCGGUUGCAAAGGGAGGUGUUCAGUCCCAGGGUCCUUAGCUUAGUGUUGAGCUUUGAGAGCACUAUGAUGUUGAAUGCUGAGCUGUAGUCAAUGAACAACAUUCUCAUAUAGCUGUUCCCUUUGUCCAGGUGGGGAAGGGCAGGACCCGGUUGCAGAAAAUGGCAGAUUUGGGCAUGCCUAAAUUGGAAACGUUACUGUACAGCCAUUGCAUGACGUCAGAACUCUGGCUCUGCUCUUCACAGCACUGUAUGGGUUUUGACUGACAGCCGUUCUGAACUUGAGCAUCUCGCACGACAAGAAGUUGCCCCCAUCCCUCCCGCUAAAUUGGGCAACUUUUGAGGGAAAUGCUGUAAAUUAAGAGGAUUCUAUGUAUACUGAAAAAAAUAUUAACGCAACAUGAAACAAUUUAAAAUAUUUUACAGAGUUACAGUUCAUAUAAGGAAAUCAGUCAAUUGAAAUAAAUAUAUUAGGCCCUAAUCUAUGGGUUUCACAUGACUGGGCAGGGGUGCAGACAUGGGUGGGCAUGGGAGGGCAUAGGCCCACCCACUGGGGGGCCAGGCCCAGUCAAUCAGAAUGAGUUUUUCCCCACAAAAGAGCUUUAUUACAGACAGAAAUACUCCUCAGUUUCAUCAGCUGUCCAGGUGGCUGGUCUCAGACGAUCCCGCAGGUGAAGAAGCCGAUUGUGGAGGUCUUGGGCUGGCGUAGUAAUUACAUGUGGUCUGCGGAAUUGUGUUCAUUGUCCAUAGCUUAUGCCUGCCCAAACCAUAACCCCACCGCCACCAUGGGGCAGUCUGUUCACAACGUUCAAAUCAGCAAACUGCUCGCCCAUACACGUGGUCUGCGGUUGUGAGGCCUGUUGGACGUACUGCCAAAAUUCUCUAAAACAAUGUAAGUGGCAGUUUAUGGUUGAGAAAUGAACAUUCAAUUCUCUGGUAACAGCUCGGUGGACAUUCUUGCUGUCAACAUGCCAAUUGCACGCUCCCUCAAAACUUGGCAUCUGUGGCAUUGUGUUGUGUGACAAAACUGCACCUUUUAUUGUCCCCAGCACAAGUUGCACCUGUGUAAUGAUCAUGCUGCUUAAUCAGUUUAUUGACAUGCCACACCUGUGAGGUGGCUGGAUUAUCUCGGCAAAGAGAAAUGCUCACUAGCAGGGAGGUAAACACAUUUGUGCACAACAUUGAGGAGAAAUAAGCUUUUCGUGCAUAUGGAAAAUUUUGGGGAUCUUUUAAUUCCGCGUAUCAAAUAUGGGACCAACACUUUACAUGUUGCGUUUUAUAUUUUAUUCAGUAUAUUUUGAAAAAUUGAAACUUUGAGGAUUGAUAAUAAAUACCAAAUUGAUGUCAUACAAGCCAAACACCCUUGAGUCCAAAAUGUGCACUUCACAUUUCCAUGUCAUAAAACGUGUCUUAUACCGUGUCAACGUUUAUGAUCACUAUGUUUCGUGUCCAGUUACACGAUGACAUGCCGUCAUACCCUGGGUUGUUCUGAACAGAAUGAUCCUCGGUCUCUGUAUUGUGAAGAACAUUUGCCACGGCGCACGCACCUGAAUGCGCUCAUGACUCCUUUCUAUGCGCAACAAAAUUCUGAUCUGUUUCCCUAAAUUGCAUUGUGAAAGACUUUUUUUUUAUAAUGUCUUUGUCUAACACUGUAAUAUAGUAAUUUUAUACCUUUUCUAGUCAUGUUGACAAUGGAACAGGCUUUGAAAUGAUGCCCACCUGACUCCGAUUGCGAUUUAUAAUGGACCAUUUUGGAUUGCGUAAGUAACUGUAAUUGUGUGAUUGCGGGGAUGCAGUGUUGUUCCAAACACAAAUAACUACAAGUGUGCUUGCUGCUCUAGUUCCUGAAUGGCACAGCUCACCUUUAUAGUUGACGACUCUUCUUUAAAUCAUAAAAGUGCAUUUGAAAUGACUUAGAAACUGUGCACCCUUUAGAAAGGUGUGGCCACUUGGAGAUACCAGUUAAUCCUCUCACUCAAACCCGUGUAAUUUAUUUUGUCUUAUGUUGUACCUACCCCACAUUUUCCAGGAAUAUUCUUAUCCUGUUACUGAAUGUAUCAAGAGCAUUUUCAGAUUUAGUUUUCAACAAAUGUGACGGCAAAGGACGGCAUACAGUACUAGUAAAACGUUUUGGACACACCUACUCA